GAAGAAGAGGCGUUAAGAGCGGUAAAAAUGGCUCUAAAAAUGAAAAAUGCCGAAAAGUACUCAAAAGCUGAAAAAUUGUUUGAUCAUGCUAUAUCAUUACAGUCAAAGAACCCAGAUGUCUUAACCCACUAUGGAGAGUUUCUUGAAGAAAACAGAAACGACGUUGUGAAAGCAGACCAUUUUUAUGUGAAAGCGCUUAAUAUUUUCCCUGACCAUUGCCGCGCUCUAAGUAACAGGAAACGCACUCUACCGAUUGUAAGGGACUUGGAUGAGAAAGAACUACUUAAUAUCGACAAGAAGAGAAAUAGAUUGUUCAACAUGAACCACAGCAGCCCAGCGGUGAAAGAAGUAAAACAGGAAUUAUAUUUCCACCACAUCCACCACACCGUCGCUUUGGAAGGAAAUACAAUGACGCUGAGCGAAACGCGUUACGUGGUGGAGACAAAAAUGCCUGUGAUUGGGAAAAGUAUAAUGGAACAUAACGAGGUUUUGGGGCUGGAACUUGCUUUAAGGUACAUCAACAAAUCUCUUAUGAGUCAAGAUUCGGCAAUAACUGUUGCAGAAAUAAAGCAAAUGCAUAAAAGGAUUAUGGGUUAUGUGGAUCCUGUAGGGGCUGGAUUAUUUCGACUGGGACAAGUUUUUGUGGGAGAACAUGUUCCACCCCCUGCAUCUGAAGUCGAGGAGCUGAUGGAACGUUUUGUUGAGUGGCUUCGUUCAGAAAGUGCUGCCAUGUUGCAUCCCAUACAGCUGGCAGCGUUGGCUCAUUAUAAGUUGGUCAAUAUCCACCCUUUUGUUGACGGCAAUGGAAGGACUGCUAGGUUGCUGAUGAAUUUGAUCUUGAUGCGAUCUGGUUACCCGCCGGUAAUAAUUUUGAAGCAAGAUAGAUCUCGAUAUUACGAAUAUUUGCAACUUGCCAAUGAUGGUGAUAUGCGACCUUUUGUCCGUUUUAUUGCCAGUUGUGCUGAUUGUACUCUAAAUAUAUUCCUGUAUGCUAACGAAUAUGGCUCUGUCUGCUUGAAAGCUCUAGAAUCUGCAUCAGAAAGCGGUAGAAGUAUAGCACUGUGA